AUGGCGUCUCCGGGGGCCUUUUCCUCCGUCGCCACGGAGGUGAUUCCCAACGCAACCCGUCUGUACGAGGAAGCGGAGCUGGAAAGAGCCGCCAAUUUAGAGAUGUCGCUGACCUCUAAUCUCUGCCUGCUGGCGCUUCCAGUGAUGUCACUGCUGCUCUUCUCUCCUAUUGGUUGGAGCUACGACAGCCUCACCCCGGGGUGCCACCUUUACCCCUUCAACGUGACGAUCCGUAGCGACCGUCGCGGCACCUGUAAAGGCACCCACCUGGUCUACGCCUGCGUGGGCUACUGCGAGUCCAGCGCCUUCCCGUCCAGAUACUCGGUGCUGGUGGCCUCCAACUUCACCCACAACAUCACCUCGGCUUCACGAUGCUGCACCAUCAGCAAGGACGCCAAGGUUAAAGUUCGCCUGGACUGCCCUCGAGGUCGCCACCACGACGAAAUCGAGAUCCUGACGGCGAAGGCGUGUCGCUGCGACAUGUGCCGCAAAUCCCGCUACUGACACGCCGACGCUGGACCGAAACCACAUCACAGAUUAGUCAGAUUCAGCAAAUAACUUUCCUUCUUCUGUCCAUGUGUUCUGAGUGUUGAAGUUUAAAUCUGCGUCUUACUGUCAAAACCAGGGUUUCCUUCAGAAUGAGGUGUGUGUGUGUUGAUUUAAAUGUGAUGUGAGGGACGUUGUUCUAGAAAACUCGACUGAUCCACUUCAACUUAUAGGCUGUAGAAACUGUUCUGUCACACACACGACAAACAAACUGAACCUUUACUCAACUUAGUUUAGCU